CACGCACACACACAAUCUGCGUGUGCGCAGACACAGCAGGCAGCUGCUGGAUUACAGCCACAGCUCUAUCACAUAGGGGAAGGCGUGUCAGUCCCCGAAUUGCUCGGCGCCCCUUUGUCCUCAGUCGGUGCCCUGACAGCGACACUCAUGGCGGCUGCACCCGUCAGGCAGCGCUCCGGUUCAGGGGGGGCCCGGGCGCAGCUCCCGCCCUGCUACUACGAAGGCUACCUGGAGAAGCGAGGGCCGAAGGAGAAGGCGUCCAGGAGGCUGUGGACCUGCCUUUGUGGGAACUCCUUAUACUUCUUCAAUAAUGCCAAGGACAGCCAUUAUGUGGAAAAAAUGGACCUUGGUGGGUUUGUGUCCCUGAAGGAUGACAGCAGCCGAGACAGAAACCUGGAGGCUGCCAGGCUCAUCCUCCGCAUGAAGGAUGGAGAAACCCGACUCACAGCACCAAAUUUAGAAGCCCGGGAGCUCUGGAAAGGUUUCCUCUACUCUGUCAUAGAUCUGAACGUCCCUACGAGCCUCACGUUGUUGCCAGGCCAGCUACAAAUGUUAAAGGAGGUGGUAGACAAAGAGAGGUCCAGGCGGAGAACCCGCAACCCUGCACGAGCGCCUCCUUCACCCCUCUCGGUUCCUUUAGUGGGGGAGAUUCCUGCGUGCUUCCGUCCCGUGUCCCGCACAGAGGCUGAGGUCCUUCUGGAGAGGCACCCAGACUGUGGCAAUAUGUUGCUCCGUCCAGGCAGAGAUGGAUGUUCACUGGCUGUUACAACAAGACAGGACCUAAAUGGGUCAGUGUUUAGGCACUACAGAGUCACUCAGAGAGACCAGGGUGGGUAUAUCAUCGAUGUCGAAAACCCAAUUCCCUGUGCCACACUUCAUGACGUCAUUGACGCUUUGGUCGAGAAGACAGCAGGAACUCUGCAGCCGUUCCUCCUGGAGGAGCCUUAUGAGGAAAACAUUACAUAUGUCUCUGCCAACGAUGAAAAUGGAGAAAAAAUUCUGCACACUGCCCCCACCAGCCCACUGCCCAAAGCCCCUGCCCUGCCUCCAAAACAAGAUCGCUGGUGCACUAGUCCGCUGUCCAGGUCUCCAGCACCAGACCGUCGUAUCCUCACCUCCUCAGUGCCGGCCUCACCCACCAACCCGAUGAGGCGGCUCAUCCACUCCCCUUCACCUCUCACACAAACACUCAACGAGGAGCUCAAAAUGACUCUGGAGAAGAGACGAGUCAGUCAGGACUAGAUUCUCUCCAUCCUGACUCUCCAGUGCCCUACGCAGACCUGCAGCAGUUUCAUUGUGUUCUCAUUCUGUGCCUUGUUGAUAGAAACUACGUGACAAAAAAACACAGCACCUCCUCAUUAGGUGGUGUUCUGGGAUCCUUCUUUUGGUCUCAUCUUGGAAGUGAACGAAGUGACUUCUGAUCAGUCUGCACUCCGGUCCUGCAAUUUCACAAAACUGUUGCCUGGCUGGAUUAAGCAAAUAGGUGUGCUUGUCCGCCUGCAAAAAAAUGUUUACAAACUGCCUCUCAAUUUAAAGCACCAACAAAAUCUGUUCAAAUUUUACUUGGGAAGCUCUGUUACAUACCAGACCACCAGCUGAGCCCGAUGUUUUCCUGUCUGAGCCGCGGCCUGUGUGCUAAUGUGAAUCUGAAACACUGGAGAGCGCGUGAACAAACAAACCACGGAAUGCCAGGAUCAACACCAGAGCGGCAAACUCUCACCUGGAGGAAAAUAAUCAAGACACUCUUUGGUUUCAGCACAAACAGUCUUGUUUAUUUAUUUGUAAAAUAACUGGAUGGAACCUGGAAUUCAUCAGUACUGAAAAACUGCACAAUUUUUUCCUGCUGCUCCAAACUGUGAUUUACAAGGAGAUGUUGAUGUUCACUCACUGACUCUCUAAAUGUGCGUACGUCUGGGUGUUUCUGCUAACGUAAAUGUGCAACUACUUGGUGCUACCACUCACCAAUACUCACGGCUGCCUGGAAGUGCUUUCUGUUUUUCCUGCAGAAGCCUUGAAGGAGUCUUCUGUUGUUAUGACUCCUAAUCCAAGCCUCAAACUUCAUCAGCACAUUCCUAUUAGGGCUCGAAUUUCCCAGCAGUCUCUGUGCAGUUGACCUGACUUGAAUUAUUACAGUGUUACGUUAUUUCCCACAUUUCAGCCUAACUGGUGACAGACCUAAGGUGCUAAAGAGUACAUUUUUAUACAGUCAACUUUGAUUUCUGACCUGUCCUUAAAGAUCAGUGUGAAAACUGUGAACUCCUAUUAGUGUCUUCUUACAGCGAACAGUUUACUGAAUGUUUGUAAAUGAUGUGGUGUGUCUGUCAAAGAAUAGUGUUUGAUAGAUAUUGACAGCAUUAAAGUGUUUUGCAUGGAC